UUCUUGUUCUCUGGCCAUUAUUCGAGUCUGAGAUGUUGCAAUGAAGUUGAAUUUUAUGAUUUCGAGCUUAUAUAGAGCAUUUGGACGAGUUCAAUUGUCAGUUAGUGAACCUUUCGAAUCUUCUUCAAGUUCUAAAUCAGUUUGGCGAAGACAAUUUUAGAAACUGCAUCGUUCAAUUGUGAUCUUCUUUACAGAAAUUACUUGUUAGAUUAGCUUGUGAAUUUACAAUAUUGUGUGAGCUUGAAGAUAUCCACUCGUUAAGGGGUUAGAAUCUUGGAAGUUCAUUGGGAUUUCCAAAGUUGUAAAGAGAAUGCUAUGAGUAGAGAAGCAUACAGAAUUUUAGUUGGGAAUGCUGAAGAGGACAAGUGAGAAGUAGCUACAAGUGAUAUAUAUUCGAGUAUUUUUUCUACAUAGUUAUACCGUUACUUUGGAUCAACAACUUCAGUUGCUUAUUGUCUAAAACAAUCAGGUUGAAUGUGAUGGUGAAAACAAAGCAAAAACAGAAUAGCAGUCCUAAUCAUCUUUCUGGCUCUUCAAACUCUGUUAUUGAUUUAGAUAUGCAUGGAGAUGAUGGUUGGGUGGUGGUAAAGAAGCAGAAAGUCACAAUCCUAGUGCCUCCUAUUUCAAUAGUAACAAAAUCCGCACCCCCCAAUGUUGAACAGAGUCAGCUGCAACCAAUUACCCAAAAGGUAUCAAAUUGCCAAACAGGAGCUCUUGUAGAGACAUGUCUUGAAGCGCCUGCUAAUGUGCUGCUAUCAACUUCUGAAAAUGCUAAUCAACAAAGUUCAAAAUCUGCUGCUGCUCAUUGUACUUUGACAAGGAAAGAGCCAUUGAAGCAAGCUGUCACACCCCCAAAUCCAGACAACGUUUUCAAUUCAAGGUCUUAUAAGGUUUUAGGAUUAUCGAACAGCACGAAAUCUAUGAAACAGCAGCCUAGACAGCUGCAUUGCCCUGGUGGCUUUCUCACAGGAGGCACAUUGUUAAAUCUAAGACUCAGGGCGCUUAACCUGGAAAGGAAUCUGCAAAAGGCUGGAGGUUUAAUUAGGUGGUUGGAAUCACUAGGACUGGACCAAUUUGUAGGUAUUUUCCAGCGAAAGAGUAUCAGUAAGUUUCACCUGGUAAAUCUAACCAUGAAAAAGCUGAAAGAUAUGGGCGCAAAUGCGGUAGGGCCACGUAGAAAACUGAUACACGCAAUUGAGUGUGUCUGUCAACCCUAUAGUUCUGAACCUUUUGAGCCGGUUUACGGGAUUUAACCGAUGAUUUUAACUAGUUCUUCAGCUUCCUUGUAAGCAACUCCACCCUUCUUGGUGUAUCUUGAAUUGUUGGUUGUACAAAGAGAUGGAUAUAUUGGUUUAGUUCAAAAUGUGUCUAUUGAUUUUUCAAAGGAUUGAUGGCUGAAAGAGUGUAUUUGCUUCUUCAAUAAUCAGAGACUGAAAAGUAGGCAGAGAACUAUGUAAAGCUCCAGCUCUUGGAAGUGAAGAAUGAGAGCACAAUGUUCUCUCAAAUCUGCCGGGUUUUAUAUAGAACAAGAUCAUCAUAUUAUCAACAAUUAGCAUGAUGAUGGAGGGAAUUUAGUAUGAUUAUUUCAUCUGCUCUCAGUUUAUUCCCCAUUUUGUGAAGUAGGAGAUUGUUCAUUGGUGUAGAUACACAGCAAUGGCUCCAGGAGUUUGAAAUAAUUCCAAGCUAAUUGAGCAAUCAGUAGAGAUAGAUAUACUGGUUAUUUGGGAAAGUCUUAUAGAAAAUUUGUGAUUUUUUUUUCAAAUAGAGAAUAUGCUUAAGGAGUCUAAUUUAAAUAUUGGUCAUACUAUUUGUAGGAUCAGUCUUUCAGGUAUGAAGAAAGACUUCAGCCUUUCUUUGGUAGUUGAGUUUGAUGGUCUAGCAUUCUUCAAAGUCUUCAAAAUGUUCAACAAGGAUUGCCUGGAUUUAUCUUUGAUGUCGAAUGCUGAUGGAAUAGUCUAAUCUUGCCCCUCUAGUGAUUGUUUUGGGUUUUCUUUUUGUUUACCUCGCCCACUGGGGUAAUGGUUUUAGUGUUUUUGUUUUAUAACAGGGCUUGCUAUUGGGUUGCUCGUGCCCUGUCAAAUAAGAGAGGUUUGAUUUCUUCACAUUAUUUUUUGUGGUGUCUCUUUCUCGAUUGAUGGGUCUAAAGAGCUUUUUUGGAUAGAGUGUCCUCUUUUUAAUCUGAAGAUUGCACCUAAUUUGUUUUUUUAUUAAUAUAUUUAGUUUUUAUAAAAGACUUCAGCCUUUCUUUGCA